CUUGAAGGCGACACAUGAGCUGAACGGCAGCAGAGGAAGAGAGUCGAGCAGCGUGGAGAUGUCGGACCCGGCGGCGCAGGCCUUGCAACCCCGGCUUCUCCAAGCCCAGACUACGGGGUCAGCUGGGUCCAGUACCGCCUCGACAGGCUCCGGGUCAGGAAACAGUGACCCGGCGAGACCGGGACUUAGCCAGCAACAGCGAGCAAGCCAGAAAAAAGCCCAAGUCCGAGCUUUCCCACGGGCGAAAAAGCUGGAGAAACUUGGCGUAUUCUCCGCAUGCAAGGUAACUAGCAUAGCUAGCCAAAGUUCACCACAACAAAGCACUCAUCAUUUCAAUUAGCAGUACUGUAGGCGGAGCCGCAAACUGAAGCGCAGUCAAGGUGCCGCAACCCAAAAAAACGAAUAAAUAUCGCAGUCACGGAGCGUAUUGAUUAACUUUUAAAGCUAGCUAACCGGCUAACGGACCCAUUUAUAUGUAACCGUCCAAGGUGCUUGCUCUACCAAGUGGCUCUGGAGUCAGUGUAACCAUUCAUGAACCAAUAAAAUCAAUACCAGAGGCAUUUUCUGAAUUGCUGUAUUUGGUGUUAACCAUGUCUUGCUUAUUCUUAGGCAAGUGAUACAUGCAAGUGCAAUGGAUGGAAAAACCCAAAUCCCCCAUCAGCUACACGUAUGGAUCUGCAACAGCAAGCAGCCAGCCUGAGCGAGUCCUGCCGCAGCUGUGGACAUGCACUGGGUACAAACUAACCCACCUCCAUAUAUUUACUCAGUAUAGAUAGCCCAUCCUUUUCCUCUAAUGCUGUACAAAUCCAGAGUUAAUCAGGGGGGGUUUCUGUUUCAUUAUGUAGCUUGGCACAGUUCAUGUAUCCACGCUAUGAGUGACUGAUUUAACGCCAUGCUUACAGCUGAUCAUGUGUCCCACCUGGAGAAUGUGUCUGAGGAGGAGAUUAACAGGCUGCUGGGGAUGGUGGUGGAUGUGGAGAACCUUUUUAUGUCUGUGCACAAAGAGGAGGACACAGACACCAAGCAGGUCUACUUUUACCUUUUCAAGGUGAGCAACUCUGUGUCCCAAAAUUAGGGCUGGGCGAUAUGGGAAAAAAUUUAUCACAAUAUGUUUUAUUUCAUAUCAGUUGAUAUAUAAAACGAAAUUUAACAGUUCUUAUUGGUAGCAUGUCUUUUGCAAUACAAUAAGCUACUGCACCUGUGAGUUCUUUGUGUCUCUUGGACGUUUGUAGUAAGGUGUUGCACUACAGAAAGCAGACUGAAUGGUCGGCUGUUUCGGCUGCACAGGCGCCAUGGGCUCCUUGCUCCGCUCAGGGUUUGUAAACUUUUGCAUUGCACGUGCUCUGCCACGUGGCACUGCUUCAGGUGGUGAAAAAGAUUUGAGGUAUUCCCCGACUUUUUGAGAACAUGUACUCGACAUACUUUGCUGAAAUACUGAAAUAUGGAAUUACCGUCCGACCUCAAAAAACCAAAAUACCUCCACACCGCCAAUGUUUUUGUGCCAGUGUUGUCCACUAUGUCAUCAUCUGUUGAGCCUUCAUCUGCAUUUCUCCCGGGGUAGCACUCAUUUUCUUUUUUUCUCACCAACAGUGCUGUCGGCUUCACGUGUUUAAGUGCUAUGGUUGUGUGUAGCUGCAGCCUGCUACUACGCAGUUGUUUGCUACUUGGUUCUAAUUCAACACAAUUGGUUCAGCGUGGCCCGACCCAGAGCAACUCCCCUUUUCAUUGCCUAUUAGUAUUGUCUACCAAAACAAAAAAAUCAUAUUGACCAUGCUUUAUAGUGAUAUUGAGGGAAAUUAAUUUCUGAUAUAUAUCGUUAUUGUUUUAUCGCCCAGCCCUACCUAAAAUAAUAUGGUAGGUAAAACAGAUCUGUCAACAAAUUUGAGUACUUUUCAUAUUGUUAAUCAAGUUUAUCCUGGGUCACCAUUCAAUAUUAACACAAGUCUUCUUUUUAAUGCUGUUUCCCUCAGCUGCUGAGGAAAUGCAUCCUGCAGAUGAGCCAGCCGGUUGUUGAGGGCUCCCUUGGUAGUCCACCGUUUGAAAAGCCCAACAUCGAGCUGGUGAACAUAAACCCUCUCUUUUGUUUGUUAUGCUCUGGCUUUUUACACUUUUUCCUCCUGACUAAACAUUUUCUCUCUCACUUCACCCCUCUUUUCUGAAGGGAGUUUUAAAUUUUGUUCAGUAUAAGUUCAGCCACCUGGCACCAAAGGAAAGGCAGACCAUGUUUGAGCUGUCAAAGAUGUUCCUCUUGUGCCUCAAUUACUGGAAGCUGGAGACACCGACUCAAUAUCGCCAGCGCACGCAGAAAGAUGAUGGAACAGCGUACAAGGUGGACUAUACCAGGUGUGUAGCUGUGUAACUACUUCUUUUUAUCGCUUUAGAUUUUCAUGUGUCAUCCUGAUACCAUGUGCUUUUUUCAUGUUUUUUCCUCUGUGGCUCCCAGGUGGCUCUGCUACUGCCACGUCCCACAGAGUAACGACAGUCUCCCACGCUACGAGACCACUCAGGUGUUCGGCCGCAGUUUGCUCAAGUCCAUCUUCACUGUGACGCGUCGACAGCUGCUGGAGAAGUUCAGGGUGGAGAAGGACAAACUGCUGCCAGAGAAACGCACACUUAUCCUCACACACUUUCCCAAGUAAGAAAACACACUCUUUUGCUUUCAUUUCUCAUGGGAGCAUCAACUUCCUUCUGCUUUUACCUUUAAAAAAAUUAAUAUUUGGCGCUGAUUGGUGUCAGGUUCUUGUCGAUGCUGGAGGAGGAAAUCUACGGCGAGAAUUCACCAAUCUGGGAAGCGGACUUCACCAUGCCUGCCUCUGACGGCACACAGCUGGGGCAUCCGACAGGUGAGGCUGUUAAGAGGCCUGAAGGGUAUUUCAAAGUUCUCAGUUUGAUGGGGAAGACAUGCAUCAAAAAUAUCAUUGCCCCACAGAUUCUGUUCUUAAAUCAUCGACACUUUGAACACAGUACUACUCCUCGUUUUAAAGAUGCGCUCAUUUUAAAUUGGUUGCCCAUAAGACUUUGCACAAGGACUGGGAUAGUAUCCUCUUAAACAUUUCAGUGCAUCGCUACUUUGUCUGACAAUACUCUGUAAAUGUUUGGGAACCAAGGAGACCAGUUCCUGGAGUUAAAAAAAAAAUGCAUGUCCCAUUCUCGGUUGAUGAAAGAUUUGAGCUGCUCAACGGUUCAGGGUCUCCUUGGUUGAAUUUUUGAUUUCAUGAUGUGCCAAAUGGGACUCUUCAUGCUGCAGUAACUCCCUGCAGAACAUGGUUAGCUGAAAUAUGAAAGUUCUCGGCUUAAAAAGUAUUUUCAGGAUGGCAGCAGAUGUUCUUCCACAACCUUCCAAAUGAAUGGUGUGAACUAGCAGUGCCGCAUCCCCUUACUAUUACAGAUAAACUGCGCACUGAUAACUAGCCAGCCAGUCCCACUACUCUUAACAAUGGAGGACACAACAUCCGUGAUUUUUAGAAAUGUCAAAUUUUCAUUCUUCACACUGUAGGAAAGUUCUGCACUGGGCUCAGAAUUGGCACAGGCAUUUCUGGAUGAUAAAGAUUUGACCUGAAUUUGUUGAUGCGGCAGUGAUUCAUGAUCACAGACAUGCUUUAAGAAAUGAUUUUGAGCCGGGUCAGUCACGCCGUGGUGUUUGAUAAGUGCAUUCAAAGUAAUCUAGUCAAACUAAGGUUUAUGAACUGUGUGUUAUUUAUUGCACAUACAGGGCCCCUGACUAACUUGUUUUGCUUACGCUUGAAAUAGCUGUCAAUUGGCUUCAUGUCUUCAAGAAGAGAAAGUCACAGACAGUCUCUGAGACAAAACCAGUGGUACAACAACAGAAACUGUAUGAGGAAGAAAACAGUGUUUAAUCAACAAUAAGUUAGUGUACUCGGAGUGCAACAGUUUGGGUGCGUUUCAGUAUAUCCACCAGCGAGUCCUGCGUUUUGCCACAUUUGGUCUCUUGAAAAAUGAUUGCUACUUGCUACUUGCUGCUUCUAAAUCCUAUUUUCAUCUUCUUGGGCGGGCCGCACAAGUAAAGUCUAUGUAGAGGGAAACACUGUGUUAUGAUGCUGAAAAUGAUUCUGAAAUUUUUUAACCUCUUACUCACGCAGUCUCUCACAGAGCAGUGAACUUACUGUAUUUAUUUCUGAGAGACCCAGUCUUUCUGUAGUGCCCUCUUAUGCACAGUCACACCACCAACCUGUUGCAAAUUAACCCAUUUUAUCCAAAUGUGUUUAUAUCAGCAUCAUACAACCUUCUCAGUGUUUUGUAGUUCCUGUUCCAACUUGUUUUGAAUAUAUUGCAAAUAUGUUUAGUGGGUCAAAUAAUGACACAAAUCCCUGUUCUUCUGGCUGACUGCCUGGUUUGUUUUUGUAGGUUGCGUUGAGUUUUUAGAGUUAAACAUGUUUGUUUUCAUUGUUUGGUAAGACUCAUAGAAACAUCAUUGUUACCACCUUUACCUUGUUGUCUCUUUGGCAGUCAUCAGUCCGGCUGCAGUAUCUGGCUCUCCCUCACUGCCAAAGGGUCUGAGCAGUAUCUCCUCCCUGAGCAGCAUGGAUGCUGUUGGAGCUGAGCCCAUAACAGGUCUGUAAGCGCUCCACUGCCUAGAUUACCCUCAAAAUCAAAUGAUCGUCACACAAACUUAAUGAUUUACUCUGCUCUUGUUGUUGCGACAUGUGACCAUUCAGGGGAGAAACGGAAACUUCAAGACGCCCUCACUUUGGAGGACGCCAAGCGUAUCCGCGUAAUGGGAGACAUUCCCAUGGAGCUGGUCAAUGAAGUGAUGAUGACGAUCACUGAUCCUGCUGCCAUGCUGGGACCAGAGGUAAAGCGCUUCACUCUCAGCUGGCUUAUGAGGUUAAUUUGUUCAGACGGUAUUACUCACACUAAUAUGUUUAUGUUGUUAGACUAAUCUGCUGACGCCUAAUGCUGCCCGCGACGAGACUGCCAGGCUGGAGGAGAGGAGGGGCAUCAUAGAGUUCCAUGUGAUUGGCAACUCGCUCUCCCAGAAGUCCAACAAAAAGAUCCUGAUGUGGCUGGUCGGCCUCCAGAAUGUUUUCUCUCAUCAGUUACCUCGCAUGCCCAAAGAAUACAUCACCAGGCUGGUGUUUGACCCGUAAGUACAAGUUUGUACAACAAAUGUCCUGUUUGCGAAGAUACUGGAACUUAUUCUGAUUUCUUCACAGGAAGCACAAGACCCUUGCCCUCAUCAAAGAUGGCCGUGUCAUUGGUGGCAUUUGUUUUAGGAUGUUUCCUACUCAGGGCUUCACAGAGAUCGUCUUCUGUGCCGUCACAUCCAAUGAACAAGUAAAGGUAGGACGAAUUCUGCUGUUGUGCAGCAACACCAGCAUCGUCUGGCAAAGCUAGUGACCUGAAUGAACUUCAAACUGGCCAGCUUUAAUUUGUAUUAUCUAUACUGGUUUUAUUGAUUUCAGCAAGAGUAUACAGCCAAAGAAAUGCUGCAGAGCGUUGCCAAGGCUGCAAUGCAUUUGGAUUUAAACAGGCACUGUGUGCACGGCUUCAAGAAGAGAAGAGCAUAGAUUUUUCAGUUUCACUUGCUGCAGCAUGUAAUACUCGUAUUGUGAUCAUAAACAACUGCAGAUGGGGAGGCACAGUGGUUCUCAAGUCCAGUCCUCAAGGCCCACUGUCCUGCAUGUUUUGGAUGUUUCCCUGCUCCAACACACCUGAUUCAAAUGAUCAGCUCGUUAUUAAGCCAUUACAGAGCUUGAUAACGAGCUGAUCAUUUGAAUCAGGUGUGUUGAAGCAGGGAAACAUCCAAAACAUGCAGGACAGGGGGGACUUGAGGACUGGAUGGAGAACCACUGAUAUAAAGUGACAAUAGUGCUCAGGGAUAAGAGAUUAAAAUGACUGAAAUAAGACUAAAUAAAACUCAAUAAAAACCAACAGCUCUCAAGGUCUCUUCCCUGUGUUAAUGUGCCCGAUGGCUGAUGGAAGAAAACAUUUUUUGUACCACUUAGUUUUACAGGCUGGUACUUUGAGCCUCCUGCCUGAUGAGAGCAGCUGAAACUUAGCAUUGAAAGGGUGGGAGCCAUCAUUUAAGAUGGAGCCAGCCAUCCUCUGUAACUGUUUAGUAUACAGGGAUGGUGGGUAGAGCUGGGCCUCUCCAAUCAGCCCGCUCGCCCAUUUUGCUAUUUGGUUUAGGCAAUUUUUGUUUUAAGAGACAAGUUUCCAAACCAAGACACAAGACAAAAGGAUAAAACAGUUUCAAUAAAAGCCUGAUAAAGUAAGGACAGCAUGGUUCUGUCGAUGUGGAAAGAUGACGGUUUCCUCAAACAGUGCAGGCGCUGGUGUCCCUUUCUGCACACAGCUUCACAGAAAAAGGUGAAUUUAAAAAAAAUGGGCAGCUCUCAUAUCAGUGAGAUCAGCUGGAGUGCAUUGCACAAGUAAAUCCACGGGCAUACACAAAGCCAGCAUCAUUCAACAUUACAGUCCUCCCAAUAACUGAUCAGGAUAAAGUCUGGAUAAGUUCCCACCACAUUUACAUACAGCAGACACAGAGAGGACUCUGCUCUGCUCUUGCUGGCUGAAAGAUGGGAGUUAGACUGUUGUUGGAAAGGUGUUAAAAACAAGUGUUUUUUCUUUUUUUUUAGGAGAUCAAUCUUUAAACUUUUUUUUUUUUUUAUCAUGGACAUAACUUGAAUAUGAAAUGUAUUGAAACUACUGAAAAGUCAUCACCAAAAAUAACACACUUUUGAAUUUUUUCUGCCUUUUUUUUAUGUUUUUGAUUGAAGGGCUACGGUACCCACCUGAUGAACCACCUGAAAGAGUAUCACAUCAAACACAACAUCCUCUAUUUCCUCACGUAUGCUGAUGAGUACGCCAUCGGCUACUUCAAGAAACAGGUACAGCAGCCGUGACCUGUACAUUAGCUCCGCAUUGAACCUCAGCCUCAGUCUGGUCCUUUUAGUAAUUUUUUCUCUGCUCUCAGGGCUUUUCCAAAGACAUCAAAGUGCCGAAGAGUCGAUACCUAGGAUACAUCAAAGACUACGAGGGAGCGACCCUCAUGGAGUGUGAGCUGAACCCCAGAAUCCCUUACACGGAGCUCUCUCAUAUCAUUAAAAGACAGAAGGAGGUAUGUUCAGCUGGACGAUCGCAUCUUUAAGGCAUUAUCUAUUAUUUUUUUUUAAUCACUUACAUCUCAACUUUUACAACAGAUUAUCAAGAAGCUGAUCGAGAGGAAACAGAGCCAGAUCAGGAAGGUUUACCCAGGUCUUACCUGCUUUAAAGAGGGAGUGCGACAAAUCCCAGUGGAGAGUAUCCCAGGAAUAAGUGAGUGUAUUGUCUGUGCAAUGAAAAAAAGUCUAAAAAUGUUUUAUCAGAUGACUUACAGGUCUUUUUCUUUCAGGAGAGACAGGCUGGAAACCCAGUAAUAAAGACAAAGGGUAAGCUUUAAACAUAAACCAUUUGAAUCAGUGUUCUUUACAAUCGUGUUAUUUUAUGUGUGUGCAGCCCUUAGCUCCCCACACACUGCAACUCCUCAAAAGUGCCACAACAAAGUACCCCUGCCACUACACCUUUGAGCUCACACAUUGUAAGACUGGCGUCCUAGUGUGUAAUUUCAAAUUGCAUCAGAGUAUUGCAGAAGUGCAAGAGGCAGGGUGUGUAAAAACACCCAGUGGGAGCUCUGCACACUCACACUCACUACUCUAAUAGACCACAUUGCCUUCACCUUUGUGAACUAAAGGGCUUUAUUCCUGGAAUUCUUCUAAAAUGGUAACUGGACUUCUUGGCUUAUCAUGAAGAUGUUUUGCCUCUCCUCCAAAAGGCUUCUUCAGUUCUAAGGGGGACUUGGUCCAGAGCUGAAAUAUACAGCCUAGGGCCUUGAGCCCCCCCUGUCCUGCAUGUUUUGGACGUUUCCCUGCUUCAACACACCUGAUUCAAAUGAUCAGCUCGUUAUCAAGCUCUGUAAUGGCUUAAUAACGAGCUGAUCAUUGAAUCAGGUGUGUUGGAGCAGGGAAACAUCCAAAACAUGCAAUACAGGGGGGGGGUGUUAGCUAUACCAGUUGUAAACAACACAUAACACAGUAUUUUACUUUUACUAACACCAUAGCACUGUGUUCACAGGUAGCCGUUAGGCAGUAAAACAUAUACCACUCAUUUAAUUUCACAAAACAGAAGUGCUGAUAAGUAAUACAUUACGAGAGCUUUUACUGUCACUUUUUACUGCUGAUGCACUGUGCUGCCAUCUUGGAUUUUGUUGUUGUCGUUAAGUCGAGGUUGGUGAUUGUCCCACUUUACGAGUCGGAAAUCCAACUUCAGGGGGGCGUUCCAGAUAAAUUUCCGACUCAGAGCUUGAAAAUUCCGAGUAUAACUGGGCCUCCUCCUUUGUUCAGGGAUGGUUUCUCCAGCUUGACAUAGAUGGCUUCUUUAACCCCACGUUCGAACCAAUCCUCCUCCUUGUCCAAUAUGCGGACUAAAGGGAUUUAUAAACUUGCAUGUUGUUUGAGUGUGAUGACAAAAACACUGUCUGCCUGAACAGAGUGUCCCGAGUUAAUGUUUCACUUCUUAUCUUUACACUUUGCAGGAAAGAGGUAAAGGAUCCUGACGUGUUAUACAACAUGUUAAAGAACCUCCUGGCCCAGAUUAAGGCAAGUGGAACCUUUUGACAGCUGAUAGACUCACGCUCAGACCUACACUAGAACAGAGCUUGACGAGGUUUUUGUAUUCUCCACAGACUCAUCCUGAUGCCUGGCCCUUUAUGGAACCUGUGAAAAAAUCUGAGGCUCCAGAUUACUAUGAGAUCAUCCGCUUUCCCAUAGGUUGGUGAGCGUUUUGUUAAUGAGGCUGCAGCUUUGCCUCUCCCUUAUUAAGUUAUUAAUUCAAAUAAUUUUCCUCCUUUCCCUGCUUGUCCUUCCCAGACCUGAAGACCAUGACAGAGAGACUUAAGAACAGAUACUACGUGACCAAGAAACUUUUCAUCGCGGACCUGCAGCGGAUCAUCAGCAACUGCCGCGAGUACAACCCUCCUGACAGCGAGUACUGCAAGUGUGCCAACACCUUGGAGAAGUUCUUCUACUUCAAAUUAAAAGACGGAGGCUUGAUUGAGAAAUGAACUCCUUCAUUAAAUUAUUUAAAUGCAGAGCAACUUUUACAGCCGUGACACGUCAAGCGGAGCAGAUCAUGAGGAGGACUUACCUAACUGUUGUCAUGUCUGAGUUAAGAGACAAACUGUACAGGGGAACAAAUCGGACUAAAUGCAGUUGUUUGAGCCAGUCGAGCAUUACAGAGCAUCCAAAUGGCAUUAGCUUUCCCCCUAACAGUCAUCUUGAACCAUUUUCUAUUUCCCAGCGCUCACAGUGUGUUAAUAAUCCGCAUCAGCACGUUUCAUUAAGCGUACCAAAGGUAAAGGUCCAAAUCACAACAAUGCCACGCUUUCCAUUAUUAUAGAGAAUAUGAUUGACCUGGUUUCGUCACAUCAUUGCCAUUUAUUCAUUCCAAUUUGCUUCACAUUUGUCACUUGAGCGGAUACAUGAAUAAUGUUGCGGUGUUUUCAUAGAAACUGGACCUCGGGACCUAAAGCCACGUUGCCUUCUGUUACUGACAGACACUUGAACAUCCCAGCCAUCUUCAUCCGUUUUUUGAGAUAUUUGUUCUGCGAUGGUUGAAGAUGUUAAAACACUUGGACACUAGAUGGAUAAUCCAAUAUCUUUUAAUGGUCUUGAAUAUAGAAAUCAAUCGUUGGGUUAAAAAUGAUCCUAAUAUAAAACUGUGUUUGAGAUAAAAGCUGAACAUUUGCUGGGUUUUACCCCUCAGAAGUGAGUACUUGUUACUCUUUCUGUCUUCAUUCCAGUGUAUUUUCAGUAUCUUGAAUAUUUUUUUUUACUUUUGGUUUAAAAAAAACAUGAUUUGGGCUGAAGGAGUCUUAUUUAUCAUACUUUUCUUUCAUGCUAACAAAUAAUCAAUGUGAAACUUCACAGACUGUCUGGUGGAAGAAAAAAAAAAAAAAGAACUCCUUUGUUGCUGCCCUGCGAUGAACAUGUUUGAGACUCUUCUUCUUCUGAUGGACAGGGCGUUGAGUUUUUAAAGGACUUGUGUGCUGAACAAAAUAAUCUCACUGUUUGCUGCCUUCAAGAAAACACUUUCAGUUUGAAAUGGACAAAAACACUCCAGGUGACUCUGAUUCAUCCUGUUACAAGGUCACACAGUGGUGAAGCUUUCACCAUGUCACAUGUGAUGCUGUGAUUUGUUCUGUCACUUCUACAUGCUGCAUCCUUGCUCCAGGUUUACUGACAAGUUUAUGUUGAUGAAACAUAAAAAGGAAGAGGCUGACCGCAGCCCUUAAAGCGAGUCUCAUCAUGCUGAAACAACUCUCACAGGCUUUGGUUCAUGUUCAUGCAUGGCAAGCAGUUAAGAGACUGAAUUUGUGAAAAGAUGUUCAACCUGAAGUCACUUAAGUUUUGGUUUUUGACAGUGUUCAAAGCAUUAUGACAAAAAUACUUAUGUUCAGCCGUCAGGAGUCAAAUGGAGUGCUUCCUGAGUCGUAUCCACCUCUCACAAGGAGAUCCUCCCAUGCUGGUUGAGCCUGCUUGUUGAAUGUCUCAUUGACUUUGGUAUGUGUGCUUGUUUUGAGUGAGUUUAUUUUGUACUUGAGUCAUGACCAGCUUUGGGUUAAUGAAGUGAUGUCGGUGUUGCAUUAUUCAGGGUUGUCAAUAGCAUACUUUCCCUCAAUCUACCUAUGCUGCAUUUCAGACUUUCUAAAAAAACAAAAGGUCAGUAAGUGAACUUUCCACCUGUUGGAGGAUGACUCUCUUGUUUUAAAUGCCAUUUACUGUAACUGUAAUAGGAUUCAUGAAAAUAAAGUUUUUUUUAUGAAGGAUU